AAUUCUGCAAGUGGUUCUAAUUUACUAUCGCUGUUCUCUAGCUGGUCUAAAACCGCUUUUGACCUAAAGGGAUGCUUUUUGGACGCCAUGGACGUUUCUCAGUUUCCAGGCAGAAAGAACAGUAAAAAUGCAGGCAGGGCACAGGACAAAGCACUCGGGACAAAAUGUAUGUGAAAUGGUUUGAGACAUGAAUGUCACUUUUUGUCAUUUUCAAAUUUCCCACCAGUUCCGUCCCCCGUACAUCCUGACGUCGCAGGGGACAGGACCCAGAAGACAGAUGCCGGCAUCCGCCGGAUUACAUUGCCGAGGACACUGUAGGGGGGAUAU